GCCGAAACGUUUUCGGUCCGCGAGCGCCCGCCGCUGGUUUGCGCAGCCGCCAUUCGCCGGUGAACCUGGGAGAGAGAGAUUCGUCACCCGGCCGCUAGGUCUGGUGCCCCUCGCUCUGACGUGGGCGACCGCAGCCGCGGGUGGUCGUCUCUUGGCGAAACCCCGCGCGAGGGUGAGUUGUAUCUGCUCUGAACUUGGCCAGUGAAACUAUAUGCAACAUCUGCUAAGCCAUGUAGUGACCACUACCCGAACCUGGCCAGAUAACCAGUGGGAAAUGGAAUCAAUCACUGUGGAUCCAAGGGUAUUGUCUCUAGCUGCUGAGGUUGCAGAAAGCCCUGAACAGAACGUUUCUGUUAUACUGUUGAAAUUAAAAGAAAUGUUAAACAGUGUCCCUUUGGGAAGCUCAGAAUUAAAGAAGAUUAAACAGGACAUAUAUUGCUAUGACCUCAUUCAGUAUUGCCUAUUGGUUCUUAGAAAAGAUGUCACCAAAAUCCAGGGUGGUUGGAUAACUGUUUCCCAACUUGCACAGAUAUUAAGCCAGUGCUGCGUGGGCUUGGAACCAACAGAAGAUGCAGAAGAAUUUUACAAUAAGUUACUUCCUUCAGCUGCAGAAAGUUUCCUUAUUUUAGGGAGACGAUUGCAAAAAUACUACAUCGGUGCAGUUGAGGAUGAAGAAAAAGGUGAAUUCUUGUGGCAUUUUCAGAGUAUGAUAGACUCUCUAUGCUGGCUACUAGGAGGGCAUAUUCAGCUCACUAAAUAUGUACUACAAAGUGAUCAUUUUUUACAUUUGUUGCUAACUGAUGAUGUUGAAACAGGAUCUGCAGUCAUGACCGUACUACAGACCAUCUUACAAGUCAAAAGUGGAGACUUGCUCACAAUAAAAGAAAAAGCCCUUCAUUCAAUUUUAGAUGAACUUAUUUUUAAGCUUUCGUCUUCAACGAGUCUUGUCAUUGGAAGUAUUGCUAUAAAACUGUUGCUGUUGGUGGCCAAAUCUCAACCAGAAAUUCUAGUGCUGCUAAGAAGUCGGUAUACAGGACUUAAAAGUAUGCUAAAUAAGCAGUGGUCUGGAAAAGAAAUUGACCAAGAACUUAAACAGCUUCACAGUCUGUUAUCUUCUGAAGUCUACCAGGAAGAAGAUCAGAAGUUUUAUCAAGCAGCUUGCAAGAUCCAGGCUGCAUGGAAGGGUUUUCAGACUAGAAAGAGAAUGAAGAAACUUCCAUAUGCGGUGACUACUUUGCAGAGGAAUUUCAGAAAUAAACGAGAAAAACAGCUGCUGAAACUAAAGAAGCAGAAGGAAGAAGAGGACCUCAGGUUACAGUUGCAACUUCAAAGACAAAGAGCCAUGAGAAUAUCCCGGGAACAUCAGCUAAAUUUGCUGGAAAUAGUCCAUCCAGGUCGGGUGGGAAAACACAUCCAAGAAAUGGAGGAAAAAUCAGCACUGAUUAUCCAGAAACAUUGGAGGGGAUACAGAGAGAGGAAAAAUUUCCAUCAACAAAAGCAGUCUCUAAAGGAGUAUAAAGCAGCAGUCUUCCUUCAAAGAGCUGCUCUUAAAUUCUUAAGAAAAUGUCAAAAGAAAAAGAAAAUGUCUUAUUCUUGGCAAGGACUCCCAGAACUUACUGAUGCACGUAGAAUGGAACUGAAGCAACAUGUGGACAAUUACAUCAAACAGCACUCAGGCUCUGAAAUGUCAGAUGUGGCCAGCAGGGAGCUCCACACCCAGGCUCAAGAGCGGCUGGGGCACUACUUCUUAGGGAGGGCUCUAGAAGAGCGAGCCCAGCAGCGAAGGGAGGCUUUGCAAGCUCAGAUCAGCACCAACAUUGAGCAGCUGAUGAGUGCACCACAUCUGAAGGAGAUUACAGGACAGGAGCCUGAACUUUUCAUAAGCAGGUCUCGACCUGUGGCCACCAGAGCCAAGCAAGCCCAUCUUGCUACACUGAUAGAGGGACAAGCACCUUGGUGGAAGAAACUUGGGAAUGAGGUUGAGGAUGAAGAAGUUAUCCCAAAAGAAGCUCUAAAUAUAGAUUUGGGAACCUUAUUUAUUGGUGGAAGCAAAUCUCCUUAGGAACUGAGCCAGGGCACCAGUCUUAGAGGUGUCACAUUAUAAGGACAUUAUAAGGAUUCUAGUUAGAGCUAUCUAUCAGUCAUUACUAUUGGAUAUGCCAAGAGAUUUGGGUAAUCCAUGGGUCUCAGUGAUCUUGCUUCCCUGCUCCUCCUCAAAUAAGGCUGGUUCUGUGUUUUAGGAGAUAGCUUAAUUUCUACCUCAAGACUCCUUUCUCUUCUCCCUUUUCAUUUCAUUUCUCCAUCAUGAAUACCAAGGUGACUUGGAACUUUUGCUGUGGAAUUAAACACAGAUUGAUGCUAUAUUUAUGUGCAGGGCAGGGCAAUGGGUUUUUUUUUUCAAGAUUUUACUUUUUUAGUAAAUAUUCUGAAAGAUUUGACAGAUCAGUCAUUUUUCAGUUCUAUUAUUUGGAAUUCUUAGUUUUUCAUUAAAGAUAGACGUUUAGGAAACAAAAUAGUUUUCUACAUUUUUGUAGAAUAGCCAUGUAUUUUUAUAUGUUUCAUUUUCUUCAAAUGAUGGCUUUUUUAUACUUAACAGAGUUCAGGACACAUAGUAGAUUCUCAUACUGGGCUUUUGAUUGAUGAUACAGCUAAUACAAUAGGCAGUUAUUUUCUCAACCACACCCACAAUCUAUGUAUGUAUUUGAAAACCUGUUCAAAGAGACAGUUUGCAGUUCUCUCAGUCUGUAAAAGGACUUGAAUUCUUCUUGGCUUUCAGAGAAGAUGUGUAUGCAUGUGCUUGUGCAUGUGCUGAAACCACUUUCACACUUUUUUAAAAAAUCCUGUUGUCUUGGUGACAUCAUUGAUUAGAUAUAUAAGCAAAAACACUAUACCUUUUUUUUUAAACCUGUGAGUUUUAGAAAUCAUGUUCCUACAAUUUAAAUAUGUUUGUUACUAGAUAUUGCAGCUUUUUGGAAACUAGAAUUUAUUCUAAUAGAGUGAAUUGAGAAUGAGAUAAAUUAUUUUUUCUAAGAAAAUAAACUAUUUUAAAAAUAUGUAAAUUACAUAAUUACUCCCUAAGUGAUACCACAGUAGAAAUAUCAUUUAGAGCAAUGGUGUCAAACUCAAAUAAAAACAUAUCCUUGCAAGCCACACAUUGACUUUAAAAUCGAGUGAACAUUAUGUUGCACUGAAUUUUUAUUUAUUUAUUUUGUUAAACAUUUCCCAAUUAUAUUUUAAUCUGGUUCAGGCUGGGAGUUUUGCAGGCAAAGCAGUGUGCUGGCCAUGAGAUUGAUAUCUCUGAUAUAGAGUAGUUAUUCAUUCAUUUAAAUAUCUACUCUCUGCUAAAAGCUCUGAGAUACAAAGAUAAAUAAGACAUGAUUCUUGCCCUCAAAAAACUUAAAACCUAAUGAAAUAUUUCAAACAAAUGUCAGGUCUGUGCUCAAAUUGGGAGCAUUUAGUUUUUCUAACUAUUUUACCUAAAAUUCUCUGAUCUCCUCUUGAAGAUAUGCUGUAUCUUACUUUAAAACUGCUUCCCUUCAUCAAAAGUCUUUUGAGAACAUGUGUUUUGUCAGGAAAGACUGGACUUUCUGUGCUUCAUAUCAUUACAGGUUAUGUUAGAACUAAGUAAAGAAUGAGUUUUUACUAAGAAGGGUUAAGUACACUUGUAGCUAUGAUAGAAAGAAACCUUGGAAUCCAGGUAAAGCAUCCUAUAGACUUUUAAUGCCAACUUGACUAAAAGUCUUGGAGAGUAGUUUUAGGAUUCUGACUCCCAAAAUUGAAGGUGAGUUAAAAGGUGCUUGAUUAUUGAAAGAAGGUUAAAUUAAUCAUCCAUACAGAUAAGGAUCAAUAAGAGAGAUUCUGAAUUGUAUCCUGGGAUUUGUUUUCUUAAGGGUUUUUUCACCCUUUAAUGUUUGUGUUCAGCUGUUUUAAUAAAGAAUUUUAUUUUUGAUAAUGAAAA